UGAAGUACGACCGACGGUAAAUGCGCAUGCGCAAUGUAUGCUGCUAUGGUAACGAAGACAGCUUGUAACAAAGACGGAAGCUGUAGCAUGCACAUCGGAAAUGUAUUAAACAUUAUUUUACUUACAAAAAACAUACAUAACAGCCCCCAUAGCCUGCGAUGACAAAUACUUUAUUUUAAGAAGAUUUCCCAGCAAUGUGAAGAAGGCAUGAAAGUUAAUUUCAAGACUGAAUACCAGAGAAGUUACAGGUCCAAAACUGUCUCACCCCAGCUCUCUGCACCUUCGGCUGGCCUUCGUUCUGAUCAUAUGGGCAUCAGCAGAGAACCAUGCCUCCAAAGACGAAAGAAGUUCGACUCUCACCACCCACUUCAGUCCUGUGGCACACCACAUAAAACUUUAACGAUUGAUGCACACUCAUUGAAGACCCCAGCUGCAGCACUUCCACCAUCUGAACCUGACCCCCCACUUGAACCGCAGUCUACCAGACAACCAUCCAACAAAAACAUGGACACUGUGAAGCCUGAAACAAGUGACCAGUUUGUUAUGAAGUCCCAACAGCAGAGCAGCAAUUCGCCAGCACUCUUAAAUCCACAGGGGUCCUCAACUUAUGAUCAUGCACUACGUAGAAAAGCUGGACUCAGGGUAGCAAGACACAGAUCUGAUCGGCAUAAAACUGAGUAUAGCAGACAGUUUGCCCUGAAGAUGGCACCAACACCUCCGUCACCCACAUUAACUGCAUAUGAGCAGGCUCUCUACUCCAGUCACAGUACUGUCCCACCGUUUAAAAAGCACCCGGUUUCCAUGGAUACUGAGUACCAGCAAAGUUUUCAGGGCCUGGCCCCACCCACAGGUUCCCGCCUUCUAAGAAACCUGGAGCAUGAACGAACUCCAUUGUUCCACACACAAGUGCAAAAGAGGAAAAACAAAAGUGUGCCCAAGAACAAUCCUUGUCUGAAAUGUGAAUCGCCAAGCCCAGAAAUUAAGGUCAGGCAACAAUCUUCUUCAAAACCAAUGUCCUCUGACCAUGCCCCAUCAAACAUAAAGAAACACAGGGUGUUGACAGAAUAUGAAUCCAGAUUUUGUUACCCUCUCAGGCAUAUCCCAGAAGAAACUGACGCUACAACAAGCCACACACUACAGAUUAAGGAGCUGAGGGAGCAGGCUCUGUCAUAUCGUCGCAGAGCUUGGGGUACUAAUUUCUCCAGAGACCACUUGAGCCAACUAUUGUCUGAAUACAAUGCAUUAUGGGAACCCACAGAAACCAUUAAUUCGACUGAGGGGCCAGAGUCUGCUUGUCUAGACCUGUGUGAGGUCAGUUCUGCAGGCCCAGGCAGUGGCAGGUCUUCCUGUCUAGAGGCUCUGGACCUGGCUAGCAAUGCUAGCAGAUCCAGCUGCAGGGAUUCAGCUGUAGGUUCAAAAGAUGGAGAAAGUAAUCAAACAAACAAAACAAUGAAGACCAAUGCAACAACAACUCAAAGUCUUCACAGCCUCAUAGUAGAAGAUAUUUUACCAUUACAAGAAGAUGACAAAUCUGAUGGAGAAAAGGAAGGAAGAUUACCAACUCCAAAACUUAAGAUGUUUCCCAUUCAGAGGACUCACCUUGAUCUCACCACACCUGCCACGGGAGGUGCUAUAUUAGUGGGAAACCUGAAGGGUACUGAUGAAGUCAAUCAGCGAUCUGGAACAGCAAACUCAAAUGCAGGCACGUCAGAGCACAUCCCAGUAAAACCCAAGGAAGCUUGGACUGCAGAUCCCACACUAAACAAAGCGGCCUCUAAACCGAUCCCCUCCAAGAACACCCCUCCAUUGGGUGCAGCUCUGCCCCCCACUGUCCCUCUGUAUUGCAUCCAGGGAACCUUACGAAAUGCUGACUUCCAGCAUAAUGGGCAUUUAGGUCUGAAAGCCACGGAGAGGAAGUGUGCAACAGUCAGCUGUCAUUCAGAUGAAGAUGACCGCCUGUCGGUGAUGUCGUUGCAGUCUGCAGCAUCAUGCACAAGGGCGUCUGCCAUUCUGGAGCGCGCUCAGAGGAGACGAGAAAACUUCUGGGGAAAAAGUUGACCUUUGACAUAAGACCCCAUGGCACAUGGUGUCCUUCAACUAGUUUUUAUUUACUUGUGAUCCAAAAUAA